GGCCGAAAAUUAAUUGUUGUCUUUCGAAAAAACCCGGAUGUGUAAAUUGUGUCAGUUAUUUAUUAUUAUGCAUGAGCUGUAUAUAACCCAGAUCUUGGUAUGUUGUGCAAGGGAAAAACGUGCGUCGUUAAAAUAAUAAAAUUACCUCUGAUUGACUCGUUACGACAAGAAAUCCAAAAAUCACUGCAAGAGAAAAUCAAAUAAUUGCUCUUCUAGGUCGAGGAAAAUGGUCUUCCGUUCAUGUAUUUAUGGUUUCUUCGUUUUUUACUUGUGCAAUGGCCAAAAACCGGACACUUUCGGUAACAGUACGCUGCGAUUUCCCCUCAUGGGUAGCAGCGUCCGUCGCCAGCCCCCCAUCCCCCCUUCGUUCAAAUUCCCGUGCUCGACCACCAUGGGUCGGUCCCCAUCGCGCCCCACCAGCGUCCACCGCCUGCGUCCCGGCGACAUCGACGUGGUCGGCGCCAUGGGCGACUCCCUGAUUGCCGGAAACGGCGCCCUGGAGGAAUGGGCUUUGGGGACCAUGAUCGAGUACCGGGGCGUGUCCUGGUGCGCAGGGGGACAGGGCACCUGGCGCGAGUUCCUCACCCUGCCCAACAUCCUCAAGGAGUUCAACCCCAACCUGACGGGCUUCUCGACGGGCACUGGGGAGUUCUCGUCCCCCAGGUCCCAGCUAAAUGUCGCGUUUCCCGUCUCCGCAGACGCGGAUGCCUUGACACAGGCCAAAGUCUUGGUCGGACGCAUGCGGAGGAAUAAAAGGAUCGACUUUGAGAGGGACUGGAAGAUGGUGACGAUUUUCUUCGGGGCUAAUGACAUUUGCUCAGGGCAGUGUUACAACAAAGUGGAGUUUUCGCCACGAAUGCAUGCGAAGAAGCUUAUGGUAGCCCUUGAUUACCUACAAAGGGCUUUGCCGAGGGCUUUUGUUAACUUAAUCCCAGUUUUAGAUGUUUCGGUCAGUGUUCGCAUUAAAAGAACGAUGAUGUGCCGCUUUUUGCACACUUUGUUCUGUGCCUGUUUCCACAGAGGAGGAAACGAGAUGGACGUUAUAACCCAAAUGACCCGGGAGUACCAAAGGGCAGAGGAGGAGCUUAUUUUUAGCGGCCGUUAUGACACCAAGGACGAUUUCACCGUUGUCCUGCAACCCUUCAUGAAAUUAUUCAAUGCACCGGACGACAAAGCCCGGAGAUAUGACGAAGUGAUCGACAUUUCGUACAUAACGUACGACUGUUUCCAUUUUUCGCAAAAAGGACACGCUCUGGGAGCAAAUAUGCUUUGGAACAAUUUGCUGCAGCCGGUGGGGCGUAAGAGCACAAAACGGCUCAAUUAUAUCAUGGAAAGUUUCGAGUGUCCGAAGCCCGAAGCCCCAUUUCUGUUCACUCGAAAAAAUUCGCGAACUUUUUUAGAGACUGGUCAUCAGUGAGUGCCAUUUUUGUGAUAAAAUAAAUAUUUUGUACGAAUUUUUGUGUUCUUGACACAGUAAGAUGGUUUUUUCGUUGUUUUCGCUCGAAGGCUCCUUCCUAAAUUACGCUUUGAUUGAUCGACCUACAUUUUGCUCAAACAUGAUAAUUUGCUUAUGAUAAAUGUGACACGAGACAGGAAGUGGUCGCGAUAAACAGUCAAGGGCGGAAUAUUUUGUUACAAUGUUACGGACAUUCUGCACUGUUUGAUUUCCAAUCAAGUAUGGAUUUAAUUGCAUGUUCAAGAGCAUUAGGAUUUAAAUAUCUUAAACGUGUAAUUACAUCAGGAAUAUUAGAUAAGAGAGAGAGAAAUGUGACACGUGGCAUUGGCCAAGGAACAUGGUCACAUUUUUACGCACUAAUAGAGCAGACUGAGAAAGUUCAAUAAUAAGGACAAAACGGAUUAAAAAUUUUGAGAAAUGACACACAUGCCGGCUGACCUCUUCAAUGAACGUUGCUCUAUAGAUCACUGAUUACUAAUCAGGACUUGUAAUAUAUGUGGAAAAACCAAAGUGCAACCCAUUGAUGGAUUUUUGUGGUUCCAUUAAAAAUCAAGGAUGGAACGAGAUAAAAAUGGACCAGACAAACCAAAAACUGUUUUUUUCCCUCAAUCAGAAAUUGUAUGAUUUAUGAGAAUAAAGACGCCUCAAAGUCAA